AUGUCCCGCAAAAAGGCGGGUAAGGGCAAAAACGGCAACAGCAGCCCGAUGACAGGCAGCCCCACCGGAAAACAGAACGGGAAAACUGGGAAGAGCACCGCAGGGACGGGGAGCGUGGUGCAGGCGAACGGUAUGGUUCAUCCGAGCAGACCCUCACUCAGCAACAGCAGCGAGUUUUAUGACAUCGCAUUCAAGGUGAUGCUGGUGGGAGACUCCGGGGUGGGGAAGACCUGUCUGCUGGUGCGCUUCAAAGACGGAGCCUUCCUGGCAGGAAGCUUCAUCUCUACUGUGGGCAUCGACUUCAGGAAUAAAGUGCUGAACAUUGACAGACUGAAGGUGAAACUUCAGAUCUGGGACACAGCUGGACAGGAGCGUUUCCGCAGCGUCACACACGCCUACUACCGUGACGCCAAUGCUCUCCUGCUGCUAUAUGACGUGACCAACAGAACAUCUUUUGACAACAUCAAGGCCUGGCUGACUGAGAUCCAUGAUUACACCCAGCAGGAUGUGGUCCUGAUGCUGCUGGGAAACAAGGCUGAUGCCACGCAGCAGAGGGUGGUGAAGAGAGAGGAUGGAGAGAGGCUGGCCAAGGAGUUUGGGGUUCCAUACAUGGAGACCAGUGCAAAGUCUGGCCUCAAUGUGGAGUUAGCCUUCACUGCUGUGGCCAAGUGA